GGAGCCCCCCUCCAAUCCCCUCCCCAAUAUGAUAUCGCAAGAUACAAGUUCAUAAUUACUCUCCUGAUUCUACAGGUCUCACAACCCCCUCGUUCUCGGGCGGACUCUCUUACACAAUCUAUAUACUUUCGGCAACCUUUUUUUUUUACCUGCCACAUUCUACACGCGGAGUACCAUACGGAAUCAGCGGAUUUCUCGGCCUCACAUCACACCGGGGCGUCAUGCUAACGGUCCCACGUUUCCCGAUCGAAUCUCUAUUCUCGGAAUUCGAAAAACGUGAUUAUACGGGAGACAAUGAGGUGGAUGGGUGCAAUGGGGAAAGUCCGCUAGCGAUAGUGGGAUUUCUUGUGGCUACGCUCACCCUCGUCGUUGGGGUUGUGUCUCUCCGGAGCUCACGAUUCCGUCAUUGGGUGUACUAUUUAUUGCCAUUUCAGUUCGUCAAAGUAUACCCACCCCACCUCUCCCUCCUUAAGCAUAGUGUACGUAUAGAAUAUGAGUCUUACAAUCCCGCACAGAAAAUUCUCCGCAUUACCCCUGCAAAUCCUACUCUGAGAACUGUUGGUGCCGAGGAGGGCUUACGUGCCAGAUCCUUUGUGGAGAUCCCCGUGCCCGGCCCGGUCAUCAUUUACAAUGACUAUUCGAACACUCACCCCCCGUGCAGCCAUUCUAAUACCGCCCCGUACGGUUAUGAUGGAAACACCCGAGAAGACAUUAGAGCAGGAGAAGCAGAGGCUGAACAGAGGCUGAGAAGGCCCGAGCCAGCAGCCGUCCGGCAGUUCCAAUUAAGAUAGAAGUUUAGUCCGGUCAUAGGGCCCAAAAGAUUCUGAUCCCGUGUAAGUAAAAGUCAACCCAACGCCUCCCCUGCUGUGCUUGUUGCUACACACGAUAUCUUCAUUUACAUCAACAUGCUGAAAUCUUUGUGUGGAAUAGAUUGAGUAAACACUUAUCGUCCACGGACAAUUAUGGCACAAUAAUAGGGCGUGAGGGGGUCUGAAGUUUUUGGUUGUUACGGGGCUACCAAUAGCACUCUGGUAGGGAAAAAUACCGUGCAAAACACAUGGCUUGUUCUUUUGCCUCCUUCCCGUCAUCUCUUCUCGGUGCGUGCGUAAAUCUAGGCGUUCGUCAUUUCUAUUCUCUCUUUAUGCCUCUUCCGAAAGGAGAAAUGUACCCCCAAGAUUGGUCAGGGUAUUCUGAGUAUUACAUAGCUUUCUUCACUUGCUAAAACGCCAAAAUUACAAAAUCACAAAGU